UUAACCAACCAGCCAACGAUCGUAAGCAGUAAUGUACUUGUGGUGUGCGGUAGGCAGUUUUAUUAAUUAACGAGUUAAUGUAACGCCAAGAAAUAGUAAACAUUUUGUAACUGGAUUUCGUAGAGUUUCAAGAGUAAUUUUGGCGCGAAAAUACUGGUAAUGUACAAAAAUAACAAAAAAUAUUCCAUGCGUGAAACAAUGCUACCAGUUUUUACAUCAGUCGAAAAGUAUAGCAGAUACCAUUGCAUAACGGGACGCACCGCAAAUCAUCUACAAUGGUACUACAAAAUUUUACUCAUAUUUCUUUUGGCUCUACUUCAUACUACAACAUCUAACGAUGAAAUUGCCAGUCAUAUUAGAAAAUGUUGCAUAAGCGGUAUUCAGUACGCUAGUAAGCAAUAUAACUGUGAGAAAUACGAUUACGAAGUGGCCACAAUACCGCCAUUGUGGCGUGGUCUCUGCCAUUCGACUUAUGGCGUCUGCUGCUCCCGCAAGCUGGAAGAGCAAUAUUGCGUAGCCGGCCGCCUUGCUGCUUUGAAGGGCUCACGCUGCGAUGAGCAAUACAAUACCACCGCCUUUCCUGAAUGCUGUCGCGCCUGCCAGGUGGGACUGGCCGUCAAGGCCAGUAAUAAUGAUUGUGACAACGCACUCUUCUCAUAUUUCCAUAAAAUGGAAACAUAUAACAUUUGCUGCGACGGAAAAACAAGAAACAAAUAUUCCGGCGCCAUUAUAAUUGAUGACAAUGUCGCCGGGCGUUCAUUCAAAGAAAAAACAAACCAGCUGAAAAGCGAAGCCAGCAAUUACUUAAAUGGCUCAGAGGAAGAAGCACAGACGAAUAUAGGCGACGAAUUGAUUGCCAAUGGCAGUGAUGGAACAAUCGUACUGCCAGGAGAUGAUGAUGACAUAUGCGGCAAAGUGCCGAAUCUGUGUGCCCAAAUUUGUGAGAAUACUAAGGAGGCGUAUCGCUGCAAAUGCAACCCUGGUUAUAAGUUGGAUGAGAAUAAUGUCACUUGUUCCCGUAUCAACAACGACCCCGAUGUAGAAAUCAACGCUGACAACGAACUAGUUGACGAGGAGGAGGAAGUGAUUGAUGACGAUGGCGACGGGGAUAGUAUUGCCGUCUUGGAAUCGGAAUUAAAAGGCGAUGAACACAAGCAAAUUUCGAAAGCGGGCUCUGCUAACAAGGAUGACUCGAUGAAGUGCAGCAGUGGCUAUGAAUUCGACUACACCAAAGGAAAAUGCACUGAUAUUAAUGAGUGCGCCAAUAAGUUGGACGACUGCAAAAGUAGUCAAUAUUGUCAUAAUACAGUCGGUGGCUAUCACUGUUUGAGUGUGAAUUCGAAGAAGUGCGACCCGGACAAGGAGAAAUGUGAAAACGAAUGCAACGCCGGUUACCACUAUAAAGAUGAAGACUGUGUUGAUAUCGACGAGUGUGCAGUGGAUGUGUUUGCGUGUGACAGCAGUCAGGUGUGUAGCAAUGACAACGGCGGAUAUCGCUGUGAUUGCAAAUUAGGGUUUAAUUUGGAUACUACCACAAACGCUUGCAUUGAUAUAAAUGAGUGCUCGAUUAACAACCAUAAUUGCCUUCCGACGCAACGUUGCGAUAACACAUACGGGUCGUAUGUCUGCGUGCGACUUCAAAGCUGCGGUACUGGCUACACUCUAAACGCCGGAACAGGGAAUUGCGACGAUGAUGAUGAGUGCGCCUUAGGUACCCACAACUGUCCAGCGGAUUACGAGUGUCAUAACACGAAAGGUUCAUUCCGCUGUUACCGCCAUAUGCCGUCGACCGUACGAGCCACAACAACAAUAAGGACGACUACAACAACAUCUACUCCGACGACACCCGUCAGUGGCUUAUCUCCCUAUAACUAUCGAAACCGAACGGCUUACAGUUAUCCGAACAAUUACGCUUCGCAUCUGACACACAGCCAAACUUAUUUGCGUGAGAAUUCACCGCGCUAUAUCGGGAUUACAGAAGCUGUUAAUAAACCUUCACCGCCUCCAUGCGGCAUAGGCUUCCAUCGCAACCAUUUGGGCGCUUGCGUAGAUCUCAACGAAUGUAUUCUGACGAAUCCAUGCAGUUCACAUCAACGUUGCAUCAAUACAAAUGGCUCAUAUCGCUGCCAAAACUUAUUGCAGUGCUCGGCAGGCUAUAAAUCUACACCGGACGGCACGCAGUGCAUAGAUAUUGACGAAUGCGAAACUGGCGAGCAUCAAUGUGCCGAGAAUCAGAUUUGUCGCAACCGCAACGGUGGUUACAUUUGCUCAUGUCCGCCUGGUCAUCAGCUGUCGCGUAUGCGAAACGGCAUAAACCGCUGCGUGGAUAUAAACGAAUGCCAUCAAGAGCAUCCGGCCGUGUGCCCAUCGAAUUCUCAGUGCCUGAACACAAUCGGCUCAUAUUACUGCGAGUGUAAGUCCGGUUUCCAGAAGAACAAAGACAAUGAGCAUAUUUGCCUCGAUGUGGAUGAAUGUCAAGAGAUACCAGGACUAUGCCAACAAAAGUGCGUAAAUUUUUGGGGCGGUUAUCGUUGCACAUGUAAUCAGGGCUUUGAAUUGAGUGCCGACAAUCGGACUUGCAAUGACGUGGACGAAUGUGAAGUGCAUAAAACGUACAAGCUUUGUAUGGGCUAUUGCAACAACGUGCCUGGGUCUUAUGAGUGCUCCUGCCCUCGGGGAUACACAUUGUCGGUGGACAAAACCACCUGCCGUGAUAUUGAUGAGUGUGCAACCGGCGAAUUUUGCACUGGGCGCAACGAUAUCUGCACCAACAUACACGGUAGCUACAAAUGCACAACUAUACAUUGCCAGUACGGUUAUGUUAAUGAUCCAGACCAGAAGAACCGCUGCCGUCUGACCAGUAAUCUGUGUGAGGGCGACGAAUGCUACAGCAAACCCUCCGCCUACACGUAUAAUUUUAUUACUCUAGUCUCCAAACUUAGCAUACCCCCGGAAGGUAGAAUCAUUUUUAGUCUCCGCGGGCCACUUUGGUACGAUGACAUCGACUUUGACUUGAAGAUAAUUAAAAUCCAAGCCGCGGCGAAUAUCGAGAAAGCUUCGGACAAUCACUUUGACACCAUAAAGGGCAAGCAUGAAGUGCACCUGCAGUUGAAGCGUUCCUUGGAGGGACCGCAGGAUAUCGAGAUGGAACUGAGUAUGACAGUAUUCACAAAUGGCAUGCCUCGCGGCAAAAGUGUUGCCAAAGUAUUUAUAUUAGUGUCUCAGUAUACAUUCUAAAUUGAGAAUAAGUACAUGUAUACUUGUUUGCUUGCAUGUUUAGGGACAUGAAAUUUAAUGUGGCUUGUUGCAUAUACAUAUGUAUCUACAUAGUAUGUACUACAUACAUAUUUAUGCACAUAUUUAUGUAAAAAUGCAUAUAAAAAGUUAAGCAAAUAAGUGCAGGGAUUAGUUCCAGCGUUUUAUGAUGCGUUUUAUAGUUGUUAGGUUUCAUUUUGUGUUCGGUUUGUUACUUUCCUUAAAACGGUCGAGUCUUAUCGAAGAACCACUACUAGAUACAACUUUUUUUUAAAUUUAGUUAAUUAUUUUUGAAAAAUCUAAAGAUUUGUACAUACUUCUUCUAGUUUUUUUAAACAGCAGACCGAUGUUCGUAUCGCUGGUUGCUAGAAGAACGUUAAGUAAAAACAUUAAGAUAUCGGCUUUUAAGUUUUUAGACAAUAGCUAAAAGUUAUAACGACACUUAAAUUAAAAGUCAGUCCAGAAGAAAUUUUUGGCAUUUUCUUCAUUGCACGGUGCUACAAAAAAUUAAAACUCCCUAAAUAAAAUUUAGCAUCGAGUACAACAUGAAAAAAUGUUUCUUACAGUUCCUGAACCCGUUAUACUUAUCAAUUAACAGCUUGACCAUUUUUCAUCCGUUUAUAAUAUAUAUAUAUUAAACAGCGAAUUUAUGGGCCUUUGAAUUGAUGUUAAACAAUUGGGCAAUUCACAAGGUGUCGUAUUUGUCGUGUUUGUCGUGAAGUCAUGAUAUUUCAUGACAGUUGUAA